UGACUGCCAUAAAUUCAAAUUCCUGGUUGUUUUAUAGGAGCUCUUCGAGUAGUACUGCUCUUGGGAAGACUGUGGACAAUGCACAAGUAACUCAGGAAGAAAUUGUGCUUCCCCGAAGGAAAACAUGGGAUAAGCUCGCAGUGCUCCAGACCUUGGCUUCUACUGUGAACAAGGAUCCUACUGCUGCUCAUUACAUGUUCCAGGAUGACCCUUUCCUUAUGCCAAGAAAUGCAGCUAAUUCUCGUCUGUAUUCAUUGUCAAAGGAGUCUGGGAGAAAUGCUGCAAAAUACAUCAUAAAGAACUUUCCUCAAUAUUUUGACAAGACUUUUGCAGAGCCAAACAUACCAUGCCUGAUGCCUGAGAGUCUCACACCUCAGACUGAAGGAGUGAGCGAGGAAGCUCUAAGAGAGCGCAUCCACCUCAGGAUGGUGAAAGAGUCUGUGGACAUGUUUGAUCAGCUUCUACAGGGAGGUACCCCUGUAUCUCUGGAGACCACAAACAGCCUUUUAGAUUUGUUAUGCUUCUAUGGAGAUGGUGAACCUACUCCUGAAAAUGAGCAGGAAGAAAAAGAAGAUUUGGAAGAACCAGAGGUGAAUGCUUCAGAGCAGAAAGCUCCAAAGAGACAAUUUGAAAGAGGUUCACAGUCAUCUGGCCCCAGAUGGAGGGAGAACAACCAUGCUGAAAGGAUAUUCAAGAUAAUGCCAGAGAGGAAUGCACACUCCUAUUGCACAAUGAUCCGUGGGAUGGUGAAGCAUGGGGCUUAUUCUAAAGCUUAUGACAUGUACAUAGACUUGCUGAAUGAAAGGCACAAGGCUGAUGUGCACACCUUCAAUGCACUGAUCAGAGCAGCCCCAUAUCUAAAGGAGAGGUUCACAGAAAGAUGGGAAUUAGCCAAGGACUUCCUGACUCACAUGGCUCAACAGAAAGUGCAACCAACUCUGCUAACUUUUAAUUCCGUAUUGAAGAGUCUGAGAAGAUGUGGUGGUGUGGGCAGAACUAUGUCUUUAUUGGUAUUAAAGGAAAUGGAAGCACUUGAUAUAGAGCCCAGCCUUGCAUCCUAUGGUCAUCUCCUCUCCAUGUAUUACAAAGGCGUCGAUGCUCAGUCAUCAGAUAUCAUCUCUGAGGUGUUAGAUGAGGUUGAAAAGCGAAGUUUCACUGCCCAGGACCCUGAUGAUGCCAGCUUUUUUACCACCGCCAUGCAAGUGUGCUGUGAUCUUAAGGAUAUCAAGCUUGCCUAUCAGUUAAAUAAGGCACUGGAGAAGGGAGACAACUGGAAAUUCUUGGAUGUGAAUCAGUUAAACAGCUAUUGGUCAAAAUUCUUUUCGUUGUUGUGCAUGAUGGAACAAAUUGAGGUGGUGUUGAAGUGGUACAGAGAAAUGUCAUCUUCACUUUUUUAUCCAGGACCUAAAAAUAUAUUGGACCUCCUUCAAGCACUGGAUGCAGCCAACCAGUUGGAAGUGAUCCCUUCAGUCUGGGAAGAUGUGAAACAGCUGGGGUUUAGCAGGAGACGAGACCUGUUGGAAGAGUUCUUAUCUUUGAUGAGCAGGGACCAGCACCCCAGUGAGAUUCAGCUGGCAUUUGCCAAGUGUGCUGAAGAAAUCAAAGCUGUUCAUGAGCCUGCUGGGCCAGCGCAGGUCCCAUUGGAGUGGACAGGGAGUGCUCUGGGCCAUGUUGUGGUGCUGUUUUCCAGGGCUGGGAGGAUCCAGGAUGCCUGGAACAUGAUGGAGCAUUUCCAGAAAAUCAAUCGGAUUCCCACUGACAAAGUGAUGGAUGAGUUCUUGAACUGUGCUAAGCAAACUAAUUGCCCAGAUGAGGCAAUUAAGAUGGUAAAGCUGGCAGCAUCCCUUGGGCUUCUUUCAUCUCAAAGGCUGAAAAGCAGAACAGAGGAGGAAUUUGAACUCUCUGAAACACAGAAGAAGGCACUGGAGAGUAUCAAGUGGGAUGGUGACAGCAGUGACAGUGACAGCGACAGUAGUGACAGCGACCGUGAGUAGCUGUCCCUCUUGGGAAACGGGGCACAACCAUUGCCAUGACACCAGGAGGCUUUGGAGGAGUGGAAUUACUUCUGGGAGGUGCUGCAGCACUGAUGAACACUCGGGGUGUUCUGAUACGAGACCUGCUUGGCAAGAUACCAUCCUCAGGUGCCAGCUGGAAGCUGUUAAAUCUUGGUGAGGUAGAACACAGUGUGGGCUACCCUGGGUCUCCUCCCCAGCACCCCUGCAAGAGCUGGCUCCUGUAAACAGCAUCACUGAGGCUGCAGGGUGCUGUGUACCCUGCAGGCUGGCACAAGACUUUCACAGCUUGAGCAAGAUUUCUUGUGGGCCUCCUGUCACUUGACACUGCACCGGAUAUAAUUGCUUUCCAUCUAAUUCUGCUGAACUAUUUAAAUAUUGAGUUUACUCUGUAUAUAAACACUGAAGUAAUGCAAUACCCAGCACCUGUGGUGUUAUUCCUCAUCCUUUUGGUGUUUUGGGACAGGUGUUGGGAGUGUACAUGUUAAACUACACUUUGUACAGCUGGAGACUGUCUCUAAUAAAUGGCUGACAUAAAAGCUGUCUGUAUUCUGAUAAUCCUUGAACAAAACUGUGGUUGAAUCAGUUUACCUUUGAUACAAAUACCU